CAACAUUCAGGGCUGAACUCAAACCCGAGGUCUCGCCUGAAUGGUGCCCAAGCAGUUGGUAUGGGAAAGGACGCUCAAAAUUUGCCCACUGCGGCAGACUUGUACAAGAAAGCAAAUGACAUAUUAGGGUUUGACCUUCUGGAUAUUUGCAUUAAUGGACCUAAAGAGAAGCUAGAUUCGACUAUUAUUAGCCAGCCAGCAAUCUAUGUCACGAGUCUAGCUGCAGUAGAGUUACUUCGUGCGCGUGAUGGAGGCCAGCAGAUCAUUGAUUCUGUUGAUGUCACAUGUGGUCUUAGCUUGGGAGAAUAUACAGCUCUGGCAUUUUCCGGGGCUUUUAGCUCUGAGGAUGGACUCAAGCUGGUCAAAUUAAGGGGAGAAGCCAUGCAGGAAGCUGCCGAUGCUGCUAAAAGUGCCAUGAUCAGUGUAAUAGGACUGGAUUCAGAAAAGGUUCAACAGUUGUGCGAUACAGCCAAUCAAGAAAUUGAUGAAGCUAAUAAAGUUCAGAUUGCGAAUUACCUAUGUCCCGGAAACUAUGCUGUAUCUGGAGGCGUUAAAGGAGUGGAGGCAGUAGAAGCCAAAGCAAAUUCAUUCAAGGCUCGAAUGAUGGUGCGCCUGGUUGUUGCUGGUGCUUUCCAUACCAGAUUUAUGGAACCAGCUGUCUCAAGAUUGGAAGCUGCAUUAGCAGCUACGGAGAUCAGAACUCCAAAAAUACCAGUUAUCUCUAAUGUCGAUGCACAGCCACAUGCAGAUCCGGACAGAAUCAAGAAGAUAUUGGCACGUCAGGUAACUUCCCCUGUUCAAUGGGAAACAACAGUGAAGACUCUCGUAACCAAGGGCCUGAAGAAGGGUUAUGAAUUGGGACCUGGAAAGGUUAUAGCUGGCAUUGUGAAGAGAAUCGACAAAAGUGCAGACAUUGAGAAUAUUGGUGCUUGAGAGGAGGCCAUUGGAGGUAGCUCCUUUCGGGGCACCGGCAUCUCCUUUGCCAUAUGAUCAUAUCCAUGGCAUCUUGGAGUUUGAGCAGGAGGCCUUAUGCAAGACAAACAUAGAGAAAUACACUUGGGUCGAGUUUUUCUGGGUGGUACAGACCGAUAUGAGAUUUUUCUUUGCCCUGGGACAAUGGACCGGUUUGAGAGUUAGUUUUGUUAAAAUGUUUUCAGUUUUUAAUACUUGGAACAUGGUCGGGUGCUGUAUUGGAGGUUAUUUAUCGAUUAUGGCAGUGCAUGGGCAGUUAAUGGUGGCCAUAUUUAUGGAUUGCUGCAUUGUAUGAGAAUGGGAGGUGAUUAAGCAGUUAAACCCCACUGUGGAUGGUGACAUUUAUUUCCAUAAACAUGCACCCUUUUUUUUUUUGUUUUUUGGUUUUUUGCAUAGUAGUGAUAGAUAUUAGAUAAUACAAUGACUCAUUUGGUUAUACAGAUGAGAUGAGAUUAAAAUUAAAUAAAAUAUCGUUAGAAUAUUAUUUUUUAAUAUUAUUUUUGUUUUAAAAUUUAGAAAAGUUGAAUAAUUUUUUA